AUGAGUACACCUAUUGAAAUUACUGUAUAUGAUAUUCAAGGUAUUUCUAUAAUUGCUGAACAUAAUGAACCUGUUGUUGUAAGAACAACAGUUGCUUAUAAAGUUAAUACAAGUCAAGCUGGACAAGGUCAAUUAAAAGCUGAAUUAAUUUCACCAUUACAAACAUCAAUGAAUUCUUGUCAAUGUCAUAUACAUGAAAUAAAUAAUCAAGAAUAUCUUAUUCAAUAUAUUCCAAAUGAACCUGGACGUUAUCAACUUCGACUUUUAUUUAAUAAUCAACUUGUACAAGAAAAAACUAUUGAUACAAAUGUUUAUUCACUUUUACCAUCAUUACCAUUAUUAUCAUCUUUAUCACUUGUUCAUAUAGAAAAAAUUUUACCAUAUAAUAUUCCUCGUAUUGGUGAUGAUGUUUGUUUAGAAAUUAUUACUAAAAAAUCAUCUAUACAUGCGAAAGUAUCAUGUAAUGGAAUAUUUAUUCCUUGUCAAAUUGAACAAACAAAAGAUACACAUAUUUGGCGUCUUAAAUUUCGACCUUAUUUAAUUGGUACUCAUAAAAUAUAUCUAUUUCAUAAUGGAUUAUCUAUUAUUAAUUCACCAUAUCUUAUUCAAGUAAAAGAUAUUAAUGGAAAGAAUCUUCUUUCUGGUAUAACGAAUAGACCAUGUGGAAUAGAAAUUCAUACAAAAUCAAUAUCGAAUUCACAAAUUCGAGCAGUUGUUCUUCUCGAUACAAUUCAAAUUCCAUCAACAAUAACAAUUAUUAAUGAUAAUCUUAUUCGUAUAAAUUUUAUUCCACAAGAACCUGGUCUUUAUUUUAUUAAUAUAUAUAAUGGAGAUCAAACUAUUAAAGGAUCUCCAUUUUCUGUACAUGUACAUGGACAACAAGUCGUUCAAAUUACUGGUAAAUGUUUUCAUCGUUUACGUGUAAAUAAUCUUGGUAUAUUUCGUAUUCAUUGCAAUGAACAACGAGAAUCAAUUGAAGCAAAAAUAUUUAAUCUAUCUGUUGGUAAUAAUUUUGAUAUUGGACAAAAAAUUUCAUUUCAAUUACUUGAAACUUAUGAACAAUUACUUAAAUUUCCAUUAGAAAUUUUUACAACUUCAUUAACAAUACUUCUUACUGCACAAUUAAGACUUACAAAAGAACGUAUACGAGAUUUAAUAUUCGAAAAUAAAAAUGGUUAUGCAAUAAUAUCAUUUCAAUUAUUUGAAAUUGAAACACAAUUACCAACAAAUGAACAAGUUAUAAAUAUUUUACGAAAUUUAAUUGAUAAACAAACAAUAUAUUUGAUUGAUCCAAAUCGACGUAUAUUACAUACUAUUUGUGGAUCAUUAAUUAUUGGUCCAAAAGGUGAAUCAGUUAAUGUAAAAUUAUUUCCACAAGCAAAUGGAGAUUAUAUGGGUGAAUUUACACCAAAAAAAAUUGGUCAACAUCGUAUUGAUAUUACAUUUGGAAAUAUGCCUAUAGAAGGUAGUCCAUUUUUUACUGAAGUCUAUGAUCCAUCACAAGUACAUAUUGGUCCAUUACCAAAAGAUAUUCUUAUUGGAAUAGAAAAUACAUUAGAAAUAAAUAUAGAUAAUGCUGGAAAUGUACCACUAGUAGUUAGUAUUAUUUCACCAUCGGGUAUCAAUGUUCCUAUUAAAAUUGAUGAUAUAUUAACAAUAAAAAAAAUAGUACGUUUUACACCUACUGAAAUCGGUAUACAUUAUUUAAAUGCUAAAUUUGGUUCAGAUAUUGUAUCAGGUACUCCAAUACAAAUGAUGGUAAAUAAUACUCGUAUAGUAACGGCAUAUGGUGAUGGUAUUCAUUAUGCUUUACAUGAAAAAGAAACAACAUUUAUGAUUGAUACAAAAGAUAUGCAAGGUGAUUUACAAGUUCAUAUUGAAGGUUCUAAUUCUGUUAUUAAAACUACAAUUGAUCGAAUUACAAAUAAUUUAUUAAAAGUAACUUAUAUACCUGUUGAAGUUGGUUUUAUUAAUAUUAGUAUAAAAUGGAAUGAUAAAGAUAUUAUGAAUAGUCCAUUCAAAGCUAAUGUUACUAAUCCAGAACAUAUUCGAAUUAUUGGUGGUUGGCAAUCAAUACUUGAUUCACAAAAUCGUAUGCGUACUAUUACUAAUGAGGAAAAGAAAAUUUAUUUUGAUACAUCUCAUGCUGGACCAGGUAUUUUAAAAGCAAAUAUUCGAGGUGUUGAUAAUACAUUUAUACCAUUACGUAUUGAUCAACAAGAUUCAUUAGCUAUUCUAAGUUUUACUAUUUUACGAGAUGGAAAAUAUGAUUUAACAAUUACAUAUGCUAAUAAUUCAUUAUUAAAUAUGCCUAUUCGAAUUAUAUCAACUUCUAUAUCAUUAGAUUUUGUAAAAGUAAAAGUACAUGGUCGUGGUUCAUAUGAAGCACGUAUUAAUGAAGAAACAGAAUUUAUUAUUGAUACUUCACAAGCUUCAAAUUCUAAUAUAAAUAAACCAAUUGUACGAUUAAUUGGUACACAAACUGAUGUUGAAGUUCGAAUUCAUCAAAAUGAAAAAAAUAAAAAUAUUUUUCAUUGUUCUUAUAAACCAAUUAUACCAGGUGAUUAUUUAUUGAGUAUAAUAUGGGCAGAAAAAGAAAUACAUGGAUCACCAUUUAGAGUUAAUAUUUUACCAAAUAUUAAUAAUAAUCAUCAUGAAUCAUCACGAAUUAUUUGUUCAGGUGAUGGUUUACGUAUAGGAAUAGUAGGAAAAGUAAUGAAAUGUUUAAUUGAUACACGUGCUACUAUACCAGGAGAAUUAACAGUUUAUUGUCAAGGAAUGAAUAAAAAAGCAUCUUGUAGACUUUUUGAUCAUCGUGAUGGUACAUAUACAUUAUUUAUUAAACCCGAAGAAAUCGGAAGACAUAUAUUAACUAUUAAAUAUAAUGGUGAAAAUGUUCCAGGUAGUCCAUAUAUAGUUAAAGUAAACAAUUCAACAGAUAUUCAUAAAGUACAUGUUUCUGGUCCUGGUAUUGAAAAUGGUAUUUUAUCAACAUUUCAAUCAUAUUUUCUUUGUGAAACAAAAGGAGCAGGUGCUGGACAAUUAACUGUUAAAAUUCGUGGUCCUAAAGGUGCUUUACGUGUUGAAAUGCAACGUGAACAUUUACAAGAUCGUACAAUUCUAUGUCGAUAUAAUCCAAUUGAAUCUGGACAUUAUAUUAUAUCUGUUAAAUGGAGUGGUGAACAUGUAUAUGGCUCACCAUUUCAUACACAUAUAUUUGAAUAUCAAGAACAAUUAGAUCAAUUUCGACAUCAACUCAAUACUUAUCAUUUAUUUGAACAAAAACAGAAUAAAGAACUUUGA